GAAGAGAGAGAGAGAGAGAGAGAGGAAGGAGAGAACUCGGAGGAGCAGCUGGUGCCGUGGUUCCACAUGGCGUCCAUGCCUCUCGGUCCGCAGCCUCCGCCGCCGGACCGUGACGUCGUCAUGACCGAUUGCCGACGGCCGGAGGUGGCCGACGACAAGGAAGCGUCAGUUGUUGAUAACAAUGAUACAGCCACUGGUCAUAUCAUUUCCACAACAAUUGGAGGCAAGAACGGUGAAGCUAAGAGGACAAUCAGUUACAUGGCGGAACGGGUUGUGGGAACUGGGUCAUUUGGGAUUGUUUUCCAGGCCAAAUGCUUGGAGACUGGUGAGACUGUUGCCAUUAAGAAAGUCCUGCAAGACAAGCGGUACAAAAAUCGUGAGCUGCAAUUGAUGCGAUCCAUGGAUCAUCCCAAUGUGAUCUCUUUGAAGCAUUGUUUCUUCUCCACCACAAACAGAGAUGAGUUAUUUCUUAACCUGGUGAUGGAGUUUGUUCCAGAGACUUUAUAUCGGGUACUCAAGCAUUACAGCAAUGUGAAUCAGAGGAUGCCCCUUAUCUAUGUGAAGCUUUAUACAUAUCAGAUAUUUAGAGGGUUGGCUUACAUUCAUACAGUUCCAGGAGUUUGUCAUAGAGAUGUGAAGCCACAAAAUCUUCUGGUUGAUCCUCUUACCCACCAAGUCAAGCUUUGUGAUUUUGGAAGCGCCAAAGUUUUGGUAAAGGGUGAAGCAAACAUUUCAUACAUUUGUUCUCGUUAUUAUCGCGCUCCAGAGCUCAUUUUUGGUGCAACAGAAUAUACAACAACUAUUGAUAUAUGGUCAGCUGGUUGUGUACUUGCCGAGUUACUUCUUGGUCAGCCAUUGUUUCCUGGAGAAAGCGCUGUUGAUCAGCUUGUUGAAAUAAUCAAGGUACUUGGUACUCCAACUAGGGAGGAAAUUCGCUGUAUGAAUCCGAACUAUACAGAGUAUAGGUUUCCACAGAUAAAAGCUCAUCCGUGGCACAAGGUAUUCCACAAGCGAAUGCCUCCUGAAGCAAUAGAUCUUGCAUCAAGGCUUCUUCAGUACUCUCCUAGCCUUCGUUGCUCUGCGCUUGAGGCUUGUGCACAUCCUUUCUUUGAUGAGCUAAGGGAACCUAAUGCACGGCUGCCAAAUGGGCGUCCCCUACCACCACUGUUUAAUUUUAAGCAAGAGUUAGCAGGAGCUUCACCAGAGCUGAUCAACAAGCUCAUUCCCGAACACAUAAGACGACAAGCUGGUCUAAGUUUCGCUCACCCAGCUGGAACUUGAGUAUCCCCUUAUCUUAAUGUAUUGCAGUUAAAUGCAAGAGGCCUUUUUCUGGGUUUCAUGCACACGAACAACCUGAUGAAAGCUUCACUGGUGGACUGUUGGUUUUCGUGGGUGUAAUUUAACUUCAUUCUUCCCAACUCCGAACAUGUAUAUCUCUGAUAAAUGAGAUCAAAAUGGGGGAGAAAAAGGAGCAUUGAACAUAUGGUCUCACAGUGUGUUUAGUAACAACAACAUGGAAUAGUAGCUGGAGCAAUUCUGCCUCUUCUUUUGCUGGAAGGUGUCUUAUCUCAAUGUACUGUUGUUCUUAAUUUUUGGCAUUAGUUGCAUGUAAUUGUAGUAGUGUCUUGUGCUUGUAAACCAGUUUCUAUGUAUGCUGUUUUGAAGCUUGUCCUUCUGUAAAUGUUUCUCCUUGAAUGGAGAUUUGGAAAUGAUCUUGUGUUUUUAUAACUAACAUAGAAUGCCAAACUUCUGAGGUUGAGCAGUGAUGUUUUAGUU